AUGCCGGAUCCAACAGUACAGCAGGCAUCAGGAGGCGCAUCGCAGAAUUCCAACCAGAUGCUGAUGCAAAUCCUCCAACAGCAGCAGCAGUUGAUGACGCAACUCACUCAGCAGGUUUCAGCAACCCAGCUGGUGAUUCAGAAGUUGUCGAGGGACGAAAUUGUUUUGGAUUCGCUCUCUAGCAACAUCACUGAGUUCGUUUAUGAUCCGGAGCAAGGCUGUACCUUUGACUCUUGGUACGCACGGUAUGCGGAUUUGUUCGACAAAGAUGCCGAAAAACUCGACGAUGCUGCGAAAGUCCGAUUGCUGAUGAGGAAAUUGAAUCCAGCAGCGCAUGAACGGUUCACAAUUCAUCAGGAUCGACCUUCCAAGCCUAAACACAAACAAGGUGCCGGGGGGAAAGUGAACAACAAUCAACCGAAAACCCCAUGUUGGUCAUGUGGGGGAAUGCAUUUUUCUGCCGAUUGUCGCGAGUGCAAGAAAAAAGGACAUAAAGAAGGAUAUUGUGCCUGUUUUUCAUCUGGAAAUACCAGCGGCAGUAAAAACAAGAAGAAAAAGUACAGUUCUAAGCACAGCAAGGAUGUGAAUAUUGUGUCAGUGAAGAACAUCAGUCAGCGGAGGAAGUACGUGGAAAUCUAUAUCAACGAUGUUCCGGUUCGGUUGCAGUUUGAUUCAGCGUCGGACAUAACAAUCAUCUCCGACAAAUUGUGGCGAAAAAUCGGACAACCUCAAGGAAUUCCACGGUUAUGCAACGCUAAAUCUGCUUCAGGGGAAUCACUUGAUCUUGCCCGGAAAUUUUUGUGCAAUGUAAACAUCAGUGACAAAACGAAGAGAUGUUUGUGUCGUGUUGCUUCACCCAAUCUGGAGUUAAACAUUCUUGGCUCUGACUGGAAUGAGCUUUUCGGAUUAUGGGACGUGCCUAUCAAAUGGGCAGCUCCGAUCGUCGUAGUGCGGAAACCGAACGGUAAGGUUCGCAUUUGUGCUGAUUUUUCGACGGGUCUCAACGAUGUUUUGGAGUCGAAUCAGUGUCCGCUUCCUUUGCCAGAAGACAUUUUCACCAAGAUGGCCGGAUUGGAAGUGGAUCCCCGAGAUCAGCAUCUGCUAACAGUCAACACCCACAAGGGACUUUUCCGCUAUACUCGCCUCACACCUGGUAUCAAAUCAGCUCCGGGUGCAUUCCAGCAGAUCAUGGACGCAGUGUUGAGUGGUAUCGAAAAGACCUCUGGUUAUUUGGAUGACGUGUUAGUGGGUGGUCGCACUAAAGAAGAACACGACUACAAUCUGAAACAAGUGCUUCAACGGUUAGAACAGUACGGAUUUACAGUACGGAUCGAGAAGUGCCAUUUCAACAUGGAACAAGUGGAAUACUUGGGGCAAAUUCUGGAUGGUGAUGGAAUCAGACCCGAUCCGAAUAAGACAGCAGCUAUCGCCACCAUGCCACCGCCUCAAGAUGUUUCGUCACUCCGUUCAUACCUAGGAGCUGUAAACUAUUACGCAAAAUACGUUCCGGAAAUGCGUAAGUUACGGUUCCCGAUGGAUCAGCUGUUGAAAUCAGGAGCAAAGUGGGUAUGGUCAGAAGCAUGUCAGCGAUCAUUCAAUCGGUUCCGUGAAAUCCUGCAGUCACCGUUAACACUUUCGCACUACAAUCCAAACUUGGAAAUCAUAGUGUCGGCGGAUGCGUCAAAUUACGGAAUCGCCGAGUCCAACUACAGCCAAAACGAGAAGGAAGGACUCGCAUUGAUUUUCGCCGUAACCCGGUUCCACCGUAUGAUUUUUGGACGACAGUUUAUACUGGAAACGGAUCACAAGCCUUUACUACUAGCUAUUUUUGGUUCCAAGAAAGGCAUUCCAGUAUAUACAGCCAACAGACUUCAGCGAUGGGCAUUAACGCUGCUACUGUACGACUUCAACAUCAAAUACGUGAGUACGGAAAGUUUUGGUUAUGUUGAUAUCCUUUCUCGCCUGAUCAACACUCACGUCCGUCCGAAUGAAGAAUACGUCAUCGCAUCGAUUGAACUGGAAGACAUCGUCAAGCAAUCAGUGGAAGCUCUGCCAGUCACGUUCAAGAUGAUUCAAGCAGGAACACAGUCGGAUGCAGUAUUGAAGCAGGUUAAGCAGUUCGUUCAAACAGUAUGGCCGUCAAAUCAGUCCAAAAUCAGCGAUCCACAGCUUCAACAGUUUUACCAGCGUCGGGGCAGUUUAGCCAUUGUCUCCGAUUGCCUCACCUAUGGGGAACGACUGGUUAUUCCAUCAAAAUUUCGAGAUCGAGUUCUACGAGUACUACACAAAGGACAUCCUGGAGUAGAAAGAAUGCGAUCCAUAGCACGUAACUACGUCUAUUGGCCUGGAAUCGACGAGCAGAUCAAUCAUCGUGUUCGUACGUGCGUAGAAUGUUCGAGAGCAGCCAAGACCAACAGUAAAACCAACAUGGAAUCUUGGCCUACACCAGAAAAACCUUGGCAGCGGAUUCAUGCAGACUAUGCUGGACCAGUCGACGGUAAUUACUAUUUGAUUGUUGUCGACGCAUUCGGUAAGUGGCCAGAAGUCAUCUCUACCAAACGUAUUACAACGUCCGCUACAGUGGCCAUGUUCCGUGAGAUCUUUGCCAGAAAUGGAAUGCCGGAAACAUUGGUUACAGACAACGGUACACAGUUCACCAGUGAAGAUUUUGAAGCCUUUUGCAGUAACAGUGGCAUCCUACAUUUGAAAACGCCGCCGUAUCAUCCACAGUCAAACGGACUCGCCGAGAGAUUCGUCCACACUUUCAAGCGAGGACUUCGUAAAAUCACAUCGGGGGGAGAAACACUCCGACACUAUGACACUUUUCUUCUGUGCUACCGCUCAACUCCUUGUCGUAGCGCACCUGAAGGGAAGUCACCAGCAGAACUGUUACUGGGUAGAAAACUACGGACAUCACUAGAUCUACUGAAACCACCAUCUUCGUUCAAUAAGUAA